AUGCCUCAAAGUAAUUGUCAGCCACUAAUUGUGUAUGAUGUAUUUGGUAGAGAGACAAGGCAGCAAAUAGAUAGUGAAGCCAAAAAAGUGGUGAAAGAAGAAAAAGAUAUAUUUAUUAUUCACAAAACAACAGCGGAAAAGGCAAUAAAAUUAAUUGAUUAUUAUAUUAGUCAGAAAAAAGCUGUAUGUGGAUAUUCAACAACGAUAGAUUUAAAUGAAAUACAAGAAGAAAUUAGAAGCAAUGAUUCUGAAGAAAGUGGCACAAUUACAAAGAGGAGUUUAGAAAACGCUAUGGCACUAGUAUUAAUAACACCAGGAAAGCAAGUUUCACUUACUGAGUUGGUCAAAAACAGAAAAUAUCCAACUAAAAUUUUCACAGCAGCCUUUGAAGAAUUAGAAAAAUUGAACAUAGGUAAAGUUAUGAAACAGAGAAAUUCAAGUGGAUCACCAUCAGUAGUUUUUCAUAAGCAUGACGUUGAUCCGACAAAUGCAGCAAAAUUAUUGGAAUUAGAGAACAAAUUAAAAUCACUUAAAGUAACAACCUAUGAGUAUUUACGAACGUUUGAAAAUUCCAAACCUGAAACUGCUGAUCAAGACGUUGAUGAAAAUAGAGAAAAUAUGGAAAUUAGCAGUCAGUCACUUUUCCAGCGCCGGCAGACUUUGUUAUUAGAAAUUGCAAAGUUUAAUCCAUCGCUGACACAUGAAGAAAAUGAAGAUUUAAGUAAAGCAUUAUUAAUGGUAGAUGAUGAACGUCACGUAUCAUCACGCAGUAUAUAUGAAGAGCUUAUAGCGGCGUUGGAACCGAAGCCCGUUCGACGAGAAACAACAGUGAGGAAGCAGCAUUCAGAAGGUUCAUGUGAAACACCGAUAAAUGAAUCCAUUGAAGAAACUCAAUCUGAAAUAGUCGAUGCAUUAAACAACGUUCAACAACGUCUUUCAUCUUUGUACAAUCACCAACAACAGCAACAUCCUUUAGCUCAAGAUACUUUCUUCAAGUCAACUGCCAGUGGCAGUGAAAAUGAAUCAGAUGAGCAAGAAGGAGAUGUACUUUUAGAUAGUGGACAUUCCAUCCCGUUUUAUAACAAUAUAAAAGAAGUGCCAUCAACGUCUACACCUACAACAACAGGCGAUACAAUUGUAGUUGAACAAAAACCGUCAACAGUAGCUGUUGAUAACGAGAAGAAAAUUAAGAGCAAACGUCAUAUUAUGAUUAGUUAUAAUCAUGCAACAUCAUCUGAGAUAUGUACAGAAAUUGCAAGCCGGCUACGGACUCUUGAUUAUAAUGUAUGGAUGGAUACUCCUGAUUUACGUGGUGAUAUUUUAGACGGUAUGGCAUGGGCCGUAGAGAAUUCAUUUGCUGUUUUGCUAUGUAUUAAUGAUGCUUAUUAUCAUAGUUAUUAUUGUAAAAAAGAAGCUGCGUAUACAGUCGAAAAACGUAUUGCAUAUGUACCGUGUAUGAUGGAAGCUGAUUAUAUAUGUGAAGGAUGGUUAGGUUUUAUCAAAGGAUCGUUAAUACAUAUUGAAUUUGCUAAAGAUCCAUUUGAAAAAGCAUUUCAGUCGUUAGUCGAUGAAAUUAAACAUAUUGAAUCAAAAUUACCAGUUACAGAUUAUGACGAUAGAAAAACCAGCCAAACGAUACAGAGUAAGUUUUGUCGACACACCCGCACAUUUCGUUUUGCUAUCAGCAUUCUUCAGCAAUCAACCAUUACAGUUACGUCUGAUCCCAUUACUACAACUAGUUUAUUCAACGCCAAUUCCACUGCUACAGUUCAACCUAAAUGUUGCUCAACUUCAAUUACGGUGUCUGACUUCGAUCAAAUCAUACGUGAUUAUAAACGUUCAAUUAAUUUGAAAGCAAAUAAGAACAUACGCAAACUGAAACGUAGUGAAUUAAGACCAUUAAUACGUAAAUUAAGACAAGAACUCUUUAGACGUCAGGAUAGUAAUUCAUCGUCGACUACUACUGCUACAGAUUCAGACAAUGAGGAGACAACAUUAGCAGCAACAGUCGAAAAUCAACUAUUAAUCCAAUCUCUAUUGAAACAUACUUUAAAUGCACAAGACACUCUCUCAUCAACAGUAUUUAAUCAGCAAGAAUUAAUCAGUAGAAUUGUUGAUAGAUUAAUAACAACAACACCACCCUCAUCACCGUCAAAAGAACUAUCUACAAGUCCGUGUCCAAGUUCAGAAACUAAUAGUACAGGUAAUCGUGCUUCAACACGUGUUUCGGUACAUGAAGAUGAUGAUAAACUUGUCGAAAGGUAG